AUGCGCGCGCGCGAGGGCGAGGCCGCGGGGGGUGCGGACGCGACGCGGCUCCCGGGAACGAGCGCGACGACGUCGGAGGGGAAGAAGGCGCGGAAGCCGUACACGCAGACGAAGACGCGCGUGUCGUGGACGGCGAAGGAGCACGCGCGAUUCGUCAAGGCGUUGCAAAUGUAUAGUCGGGAUUGGAAGAAGAUUGAACAGUACGUGCGGACGAAAAGCGUGGUGCAGAUUCGCUCGCACGCGCAGAAGUACUUCUUGAAGAUGAUUAAGAAUGGUGAGGGAGACGCGCUGCCGCCGCCGAGGCAGAAGAAGGCGCCCGCCGCGACGGCCGCGGAGCUCAAGCUUCACGGCGACUCGAGCGCGCGCGCGGAGGCGAUGCGGUUCAAAGUUGCGAAACUCGCGCACACGCCGCAUCCGAAUCUCACGGGGUAUCACAUCAGAGAUUUGACUGUGAAGAGUCAGACGCCGAACUUCUCAAACGUGUACGACUUUCUCGCUUCAUUUUUCCACACGAAGAAAUCGGGUUGUACACAAGGCGUCGAACCCGCUGAGUCGGCGCAGCUCGAUCAUCUGAACACCAUGAAUGACGUCGACAAAGAGACCGCGCUCGCUCUCGCACAAAACAUGAGGAGGAACUUGACAUCGAGAGAGAUGUGGAAACAGCAGGUGGACCUCGUGAAGGACGGUUACGUCACGUUUCUCGAUAAAGAUGACCUCAGAGCGUUCCAUUCGACAACUACGCCUAAAAAUGCCACCGCGCUCGAUGCAAACGCCGAAAGUGGCGGUGGGAGUAAUGAAGAGACGCAAACUGGGCCUUGA